AUGUUUUAUUCAGAACAACUUUUGGCCAAGACCGGGCCUCUCGCUCGCGUCUGGCUCGCCUCCAAUGUCGAGCGCAAGCUCUCGAAAUCGCAAGUCCUGCAGUCAGAUAUUGAGAGCAGUGUGGGCGCUAUUGUUGACCAAGGACAUGCCCCUAUGGCAUUGCGCCUAAGUGGUCAGCUCAUGCUGGGCGUGGUGCGAAUCUAUGGGAGAAAAGCCAGAUAUCUGCUCGAUGAUUGCCACGACGUCCUGCAAAAGAUCAGACUGACCCCUCGAUUGGCCAACAAUCAUGAUCUGCCAGCUCAUGCGACGACCGCUGCUGAUCUCAACCUGCCUGAAUUGCUCACCAUCGAUGACUUGUUCUCCAGCAUGGACUUCACAUUGACCAUGACCCAGGAGCCGACCACCAUAAGAGGCCAAAGUCUAUUGGCGGAUGACGACUGGACGAGCUCUCUCAGGCUCCGGCAAAGUAGUACACAAUUAACGCCCGCCCCGGCCGAAGAAGCACUAUACACCGGGGAUGACCUGAACCUCGACUUUGGAGAAGGCGAUGAUAUGGACAUGAAUGACACCACCAUCAGCAUGCAGGUUGGCCGAAAUGCAACAACUCCCAGACCCACUGGCGACGACGAGGUUCUUCUGUAUGACGACGAGGAUGCCCUCGACUUGGAUUUUGGGGAGGACACACCCAUGCCGGACCCGCCUCAUUCGCCCAGGGCGGAUAAUACAUUACCUCCCGUCGAUGAUGCCAGACCGCUUGAGUUUGGAGAUGAUGAAACCCUCCAGUUACAGGACAUGGCGGAUUCCGCAAACCGGCAACGAGACACGGAAUCUCCCUUGUCAGAAGCCAACUCUGACACCCUUCGCGAACUCGAUCGGACAUUCCAGGACCUAAAAGACGAGGAAAUUGAACAAGUCGUGGUCCAACAACGUCAGCGGAGUAAGAAGCUGAAACCACUCGAGCCCGACGUUGUGACCGUCCUCCCCAACAGGCAACUCGGAGCACAAGCAGAAGACCGAUCGAAAAUCUUACGCGCCCCUUCAUUCCUCCCACGGGACCCUCUCCUGCUGACCUUGAUGAACAUGCAAAAGAACGGCGACUUUGUCUUGAACGCAAUGAAUGACGGCCGGUCCAAAGAUUGGGCACCUGAGCUCCAAGGUCUGUUGUCAUUCGAAACAGUAAUGAAAUCCGGGCAACUCAAACGGAAACGGGAUAGCGGUAUCGCUGGCCUGAGCGAAGACGAACACAGUGAAAAGUCUCCACGGCUAGAAGGUCCAGAGGACGCCGUGCAGGAUGAGGGUGUGUAUCUCGACGAUGCUGGUCGCGACAUCACCCUGAAUGACACGAUCCCACAAGCCACGAUUGAGGGUAGCCCAGCGGUCCGAGAUGAGGUUGAUGAGUACGAGAAUGCCAGUUUUGAUGGUGACGACACCUUCGACGAUACGACGGUCCCGCUUCUCCAUCCCGCGGAUAGUGGUCCCAUCUCACUGGGCACGCAGCAUGCAGUCCAUCUCCUGCGUGAUCGACUUGGUGGUGCUGGGGGUGCCCAGCCAUCUUCACCGGUCAACAGAUCCGUGCUCCUCCAACAACUCGUCCCAGAGGGUCGGACAAGCAAAGAAAUUGCCACCAAUAUGUUCUUCGAGGUGCUCGUACUGGCCACCAAGGAUGCAAUAAAGGUCGAACAAGGCGACCACGAAUUGGGAUUGCCCGUGCGGAUCAGAGCAAAACGAGGUCUGUGGGGGUCAUGGGCAGAGACAAGGCCAGGGGAGGAUCCCACUGCUCCAACAGCUUCUCAGCAAGUGGCUGCCUCAGCUUAA